AUAACUACACAUAUUCAAAUAAACUAAAACAAGAGUCAUAUUCAUUCUCAACAAAUGGAUGAUGAUACGAAAGUUGAGGAAUGCACAAUCACCGAUCUUUCGUCUAUUCAUUCUCAAAACGACGUCGUUUGUACUGAACCACUGUCCGAAACCACCGUCAAGAACGAACAGCCUCUUCCUCCGACCGCCGGCGACGAAGCACCUGUUUUGCCGGAAGAAGUCAACUUCGAUAUCCUUCUGAGGCUUCCUGUGAGAUCCCUUCUCCAAUUAAAGUGCGUUUCCAAAUCAUGGAAAACCCUAAUUUCCAAUCCUCAAUUCGCAAAGAGCCAUCUUCUCAGCUCAACAUCGUAUCCACAAUUAUUCACUUCCGCAGUCAAAAUCGGAGACCGUGAAAUCCUAUCUUACCCUAUGAAGCCAUUGUUGGAAAAUCCAUCAACCCCUGUUGAACCCGUUACUAUAACCAUGAGACACAAAUACAAUAUUCUAGGUUCGUGCAAUGGGUUGCUUUGUUUGUAUGAUUCUUCUCAAUCUAAUUUCAGAUUGUGUAAUCCUUCUAUCAAAUUGAAAUCGAACGGAUUUCCAAUUGUUGCUUCGUUCGAUAAUAAGAUUAUCACACAUCAUGGUUUUGGGUAUGAUCAAGUGAAUGAUAAGUACAAGUUGUUAGUUGUUGUACUCAAUAAGGAUGAUUUUAGUGAAAAAGUUACCAGAAUUUAUACUUUUGGUGAAAAUUCUUGGACAACGGUUUCAAAUUUCCCGUGUAAUCCUGGUAUGUGGUUAGGGAAGUUUGUGAGUGGCACUUUGAAUUGGAUCAUUAAUGAAGGUGGUGUUAAUUCUAAUCAACGGGUGAUUCUUUCGGUUGAUCUUGAGAAAGAGACUUAUGGCGAAGUGUUGCUUCCUCAACAUGAUGGUAACAGAUUUUGCAAUCCUAUGAUGUAUGUUUUGAGUAAUUGCCUUUGUGUGUGUUGUGAUCACUCAGAAACUCAUUUGGCCGUGUGGAUAAUGAAAGAGUAUGGAGUUGCUGAGUCAUGGACUGUAUUGACGAUCAUCCCUCGUGAGAAGUUAAUCUGGAAUUGUCCAAGGCAGCCUCAUGUUGAGCCCUUGUUUGUUUCUAAAGAUGGUGUUCUUCUAUUGAGAACCAUGCGUUCCAAACUUGUCCUGUGUAACUUAAAUAAUGCAGGGAUUGAUUAUGCUAGGAUUUUAGGCAUACUUGGGAGGGAUGUGCAUAUAUACUAUGAGAGUUUGGUAUCACCAUUUUAGCCAUAUUUGGACGGGAGAUGCAUAUUUACCAUGAGAGCUGGUAUUGCUGCAAUGGUAAAUCACAUUUCUGGAGUCUUCCAAAUUUUAGUUGCAUGAUGACUUCUGAUAAAAGCAACUAUAUCUUUUGCUUUAGAAAUUGGUAACCAACCCAGCUAUGCUUGGCGGAGCAUGUUCAACAUUAAAGAUGUGAUCGAUCUAGGAUCAAGAUGGUCUAUAAGUAAUGGGCAGAAUGUGAGAAUCUGGAAGGAUGAUUGGCUUCCCAACCAAACUGGAUUUAAAGUAUGCAGCCCUAUGGUAGAUUUUGAGGAAGCAACUUGUAUUAGUGAGUUAAUUGACACCAAUACCAAAAGCUCGAAAAGGGAUCUUGUCAGGAAUGUCUUCUCGGCCUUUGAAGCAAAACAGAUCCUAAACAUUCCCUUAUCUUGGAGACUUUGGCCUGACAGAAGAAUUUUGUAUUGGGAGAGAGACGGAAACUACUCAGUCAGGUCAGCCCAUCAUCUCAUCAAAGUGGCAACUAAGGAUUACCCUGAAGUAUCAUCAUCAAAUGACCAAUCUUUAUGGAAGGCGCUCUGGUUGAUUAAGGCACCUCAUAGUGUAAAGAAGAUCCGCUGGAGAUUGGCCAAAGAUAUCCUUCCAACAAGGAGCACACUGGCGAGGAAAGGUAUGAAUCUUAAUACAAUUUGAACGCUUUGUUUUGAAGCAGACGAGACUUUAGAACACCGGUUUAUGAGCAGUAGAUGCGCCCAACAAACCUGAUUCACUUCCACCUUAGGACUUCAUGUUCCUUCUCAUAUGUGCUUGAAAGUCUGGAUGUCUGAUUGGUUGUCAAAAAAAGACCACUUAGCAGCUCAAAUUUUUGGUAUCACUUUGUGGAAGAUUUGGCAAGAUAGGAACCAAAUGGUGUUCCAAAAUCAUCAAUUUAAUCCUAUCCAAAUAGCUACAUCAGCUGUGGAGUUCACAUUAGAAUUCAACCAAGCAAACCACUCUGCAAUUGCUUCUGCUUCAAGGAGAACUGAUAUUGAAUUCUGAUGCCCCCCUCCGCCGGGUGUGAUGAAACUGAAUGUGGAUGCAGGUUGCUUCAAGGAUGAUACAGUGGCUUGGGGAAUGGUAGUUAGAGACCAUAGAGGAGUCGUAGAAUUUGCUGUAUCAAAACCAGAACGAAGGCAACUAUCCUCUACUUUGACCGAAGCAUUAGCUCUUCGGUGGUGUCUCUAAUGGAAUCCUCACAACAAAUCAAGGUGGACAGUUCCUCAUUGAAACUGAUUUUGAAGUCACCGUGAAAUGUAUCCAAGGUCUCGUUCGGAUGGCUGGGAUAGAAAAUAUUAUUCUAGACUGCAUAGACAUUUUAUCCACUCUUUCCAAUUGUACUGUUGCUUUUAUUAAGAAAACUAUGAAUGGUGCUGCCCAUAGCCUAGUGGGAGUAGCAAAACAGUUUGAUUCUAACUCAUGGGUGGGAUAUGUCCCUGAACUCGCGGCCUCUGCUCUUUGUACUAAUAUGCUUUCCAUUAAUGGAAUGCAUGUUUGAUUGACAUAAAAAAGGUUAUAUCUUUUGCUUUAGAUCUU